AUGUCUCUGGCUCAGCAUCUCACACCCGAAGAUGGAUUCGAUCUCACCGACUGCCAGCAAGGCGAUGAGAAUCCAACUACAGUUACUGCACAAUGCUGGCGACGGAUGAGUUUUGAUGCCUUCGCUCCUCCAGAACCACCGGCCUUGGUGAUCAAGGAGCCUCGAACUGCGGCUUAUAAAGCAUCAACAAUUCGAAGAGUCGUGCAAGUCGGUCUCGCAGUCCUAUUCUGCGUUCUAGCGUCCGGAAUCGUAUUUGGCUUCGCCGCCCUCAAACCGAUAUUAAUCUCCCAAGGGGUAUACCACGAAUACUGCAACCGCGAAAACACAUCAACCCUCCCAAACCAAUCUCCCUGUCCCGAACAAGAUCUCCGCCUCAACUUUCUCUUCAUAGUCGCCUCCAUAACCACCAACGUAUCCAGCCUCUUCGCCGGCUACAUCCUCGACACCUACCACCGCCGAAUAUGCACCACCCUCGCAGGAGCAUUCCUCAUCAUCGGCUCCCUCUUCUUCAUAUCCAACCGCUACAUGCGCCAAAUCGACGGAUACCUGCUAUCCAACUUCUUCCUCAGCCUCGGCGGAACGUUUCUCUUCCUCCCCAGCUUCCAGCUCUCCAACGCAUUUCCCAAACAUUCAGGCAUCGUUGUCGCCCUCGUAACAUGCGCCUUUGACGCCUCCUCAGCAGUAUUCCUCAUCUACCAACUCAUCUGGAAGCAAACAGACGGCAGCUUCACCCCAGAGAAAUUCUUCACAAUCUACCUCCUGGUCCCUGUGUCCAUCAUCCUCGCAGAAUGGACCAUCAUGCCCAAGCAACGUUACCACACCAUGCCAGAACUAGAAAAGAAGCUCGAAAAGGCACACGACUCUACGCGUGAUAUUCACAUUUCCGAUGACGACGUACCAGAUGACCUGUCUCUAUCGAGGAUACGUAGCCACCGCGCUGAAAGACGCCAAGCCAAGAUCGAACAGAUCGAGAAACUCACAGGCGACGCAGAGGAACGCCACGAACGAAUGGAACAGAUGACAUCUCAGCACGUACACGACGAAGCAUGGGGUGUGUUGCACGGUCUGUCUGUCAGGGAACAGAUGAAAACACCGUGGUUCAUGCUUUUGCUUCUCAUCACGGCGUUUCAGAUGCUCCGGAUGAAUUACUUCAUCGCCACAAUAUCAAGCCAGUACUCGUACAUGCUGAGCCUACAGGAUGCAGAUCGCAUAACGGCCUUUUUCAACGCCGCCCUACCAAUCGGUGGUAUUGCUGCCACGCCCGUCAUCGCCGUGAUACUCAACACGCUCAGCGUGGCAGGUCUUUUGGUCCUGUUGACGGUGUAUGUCACCGCAAUAGGGGUACUGAAUUGUGUGUCAGCACCGUGGGCUGGCUUUGCAACCGUCUUGUUUUUCGUGACAUUUCGCCCGUUCUACUAUUCUGCAAUAUCACACAUUGCUGCCAAAGUCUUUGGUUACGCUACAUUCGGCCGCGUCUACGGCACCAUAAUCUGUCUAUCCGGAUUGAUCAACUGUCUCCAGCCGGUGAUUGACACGAUCGUAAGUAGUACGUUCCGCGGGGACCCAUUGCCGGCGAAUAUAGCCCUGUGUGCAAUAGGGACUCUUCUGGCGGUCGUGUUUACGGCGUAUGUUACUCAGAAGACGAGGAAUAUGCAUAAGAGGGCCUCGCGGUGGGAAGAGAAUAGUGCGCUGUUGGAGACGGUUGAGGAGUAUGGAACCAUGGCGUAG